AUGGACAAACAACGCUUGAUGUUCCCAAAGCUCCCAAUCACGGCCCCCGAGACAGAAAUCAAGCCACAAAUUACAAUCGGCGGCACAACCUACCAGGAUCCGCAAAAACAGCUCCAGCAGCUGUUCACAUUUGACGACGCGGACGUCGCAAUCCUGGACACAAAAGCACUCGGUAUCGAACAGAUACCGACAUUUUCAGAAGGCGGAAGUAUCACGGCCAAGGCGUUCGUGAACUCCGUCGAUAUGCACGCCGCCAUAAGGAACUGGACGGACCAGGCGGCAGCCAAA